GUGCAAGGAAGAUCUUCCACAAAAGCAGGGUCGUAGUUCAGUUUGUGGCUGAACUUCAAGAUAGGAUGGCAGAACCUCCCCUCAGAGAGUGGAAAACUGGUCUAUUUGACUGCUGUGCAGAUUGCAGUACUUGUUGCUACGGGUUCUGGUGCUGGCCUUGCCUUGCCUGCACUGUUUCAGGAUUAUUUCAAGAGAACUACUGUCUGCCUUUAUGUGACAUUCUGACUCCCGCUGUACUUGCAGCCUGUGGGAUUCCUCUGAUUGUCCCCCCUGCGGCAAUUUCUCUUAGGGCUUCCAUUCGGCACAAAUAUCGAAUAAAAGGUUCCCUCUGUGAAGACAUGGCAAUUUCAUGUUUCUGUGUCUGGUGCUCCUGGUGUCAGAUGCAUCGUGAGCUGAAGGGUGGGGCUCCUGUCACUGUGGUGCAGCAGCCCCAACAACAAACUACUGUGAUCAACGUGCAGGCUAAUCCUGUCAUGACGAUUAAUCAAAACCCUUCUCCACCUCCUGCUGGUUUUCAAAACCCUCCUCAAUAUUCUGAAGUCCCAAAGUCCUGUUAAAAGUUCUAAUGCUUAUAAUUCCUAACAACAUCUGAACAAACUUGUGAAAAAUGUAAGUUUCUCUGAUCAUUCAUGAUCAUGUUGGUGUAUAAUGGGAUUCUUUACUUUAUCCAAAAUAUCAAUUAACUGCCAAUACGUCCGAAAAAUGUGUUGAAUUUGAGUAAAUUUAGUUCAUAUGUGUAUUUACUUUAUUAUAAACAUUGCAUGACUACUUUAUUACUUUGAAAUGGAAAAUGUUAAAUUGAUUUGUAAACAGUGUCAAGAACAAAAUGAUAAAUAAAAACUGAGUGACUUGACCUUA